AUGGCCGAGAGCAAUGACAACGCAGUGGUUGCCUUGCGUGACAUCUUGGGCCACACGUUAGACGACGCUGACCUCAAGAAGCUGUUGCACAGAGCCGGCAACGAUGUCGGAGUCGCGCUGAACUUACACUAUGAUCAGUCGGCAAGAGCUGAUGCGCCAAAGCGAUCCGCACCCUCUGUGCCAAGCUUCUUUGAUAGGCGGAAGUGCCCGAAAACCGAAUCAUCCCAGGACCCGACAGCUAUUGAUGUGGUGGAAGCCAGCUCUCAACUGAAGUCUCCAAGCGUGGUCGAUGUGGCGCAUACAAAGCCAGCAAUGACAUCCACCGCCCCGCUCGCAGAGCGCAUGCGCCCAAAAGAAAUGGAUGACCUCUUGGGACAAGAGGAUGCUUUGGGAGCCGUCUUGCGACAGGCUGUGCAAGAGGAUCACUUGCCUUCUCUGAUUCUUUGGGGCCCGCCUGGCUGUGGCAAAACGUCCUUCGCACAUUGUGUGGCGGCGGCAACAAGACGAUCAUUUCGGUCGCUUUCUGCUGCCAAGGCUGGUGUGGCGGAGCUGCGCGAGGAAUUGAGUAGGGCUGCUGGCACCUUUAAGCUGCGCAAGCUGGGGACCAUCCUGUUUGUGGACGAGUUCCAUCGUUGGUCCAAGGCACAGCAGGAUGGAUUGCUACUCGACUGUGAGAAGGGCACAAUCACACUAAUUGCCGCCACGACUGAAAACCCGUCCUUCUCCAUAAACAAUGCGAUUCUGUCGCGUUGUCGCCUGGUCGUCUUUGGGAAGCUAUCCGUCGAUGCGAUUGGACAUGUCAUUGAUCGUGCUUUACGCGACGAUUUGGUGCUAGCAGGCCGUACGCUUACCUGCGAUGCACGGCUCCUUCUAGCCAACGCGGCAGAUGGUGAUGCACGUGUAGCUCUGAACUCCCUCGAGCUCGCGGCUCAAUUGGCAGAACCAGGCUCACCAAUCGAUGGUGAUACAGUUAAAGCAGCAAUCCAAAAGCGUGCUCUGUAUGAUCGCAAUGGUGACUUCCACUAUGACUUGAUAAGUGCCUUGCACAAGAGCAUGAGAGGUGGGUGUGCAGAUGCAUCACUGUACUACGCCACGCGCAUGCUCACAGCUGGUGAGGAGCCACGCUACAUCACACGUCGGCUUAUCCGAUUUGCAUCUGAGGAUGUAGGUUUGGCAGAUCCGUUGGCGCUGAGUCAGGCUGUAGCUGCCGAUCAAGCUGUCCACGCCAUUGGGAUGCCAGAAGCUGGGGUGGUGAUAGCGCAAUGCGUGAUUUAUUUGGCGCUCGCACCCAAGAGCUGUGCUGUCUACCGGGCUUAUGCAGCCGCCAAGGAGAUCUGCGACAAGGAGCCUCAUGCGCCAGUCCCACUGCACAUUCGCAACGCCCCGACGAAAAUGAUGAAGGCACUCGGCUACGGCGACGGCUACGUGUACAAUCCAUCAGCAGGGUAUACACGAGGUCGCGAACCGCCUGAACUUGCCGCCUUUUCGAUGGGUUCAGCCGGGCACCUAAGGCUUAGCCCGCUGACGAUACAUGGCAUGGAGCUCAACCUGCUUGGGGCCAUCACUGGCGUCUGCAUCGGCCGCAUGGCAGUCGAACUCCGCCAGGUGCUGCAUGGUAUCGCCUCCUCCGCUGCGGCGCUUCUUCCAGCUUCGUCCCAUGCCUGGAGCAUGAUGGAUAGGACUGCUCCCUUCGCUGCGAUGUGCUUUCACAUGUCCUCGUGUGCAGUUCUUUCACCUUAUGUUGUGGCCGGCCUGGAGGGGCUUCUGCGAGAGGCCCAGCUGCACAGGCACAUGCUCCUGCCGACAGUUGCAUCGUCGUUGUGGCAGAACUGUCAGCGGCUUCUAAAGCGGUUAGCUGCUGGCACUUCUGAUGAUGCAAUGGACAAGGCCGGUCAGUUUCUGGUGGCCGGCCAUCUUGGCCUGAGCGAUGUUUCGCUUUUCCGCAGGAUGGGGCAGAUGUCGAUGAUCAUGUUACCAUACGCUCUAGACCAGCCUGCCUGCGACAUGACCGCAGACCAGGAUGCUGUGCCUCACCCAGAGCGGGGAGGCGACAUGGAUGCCCUUGGCAGCUUUACAGCUCGGGCUGUGGAUGCUUUGGCCAGGGAAGGCUAUUGCGUUAUCCAGCUUCCUUUGAGUGAGGAACAGGCCGAGGAAGCACAAGUGGAGGUGACUUGUGGAAGGUACAGAUGGAAGCGGCUCCGCAGGGAGUUCGAACCCUCUUACUUGGGCAGACAUCAGAAGUGCAAGACGGCUUGGCUGGAGGAGAUGGUCGAAGAGAAGCAAGAGAUGGACAGUCCUGUUGACCUCCUCGACCUGUAUCUUGCUCGUUUCACGCAAUUUCUCUUGCCUGUGGCACCCUUUGCUCUGGAUUUCAUGCCGCACAGCCGGACCAGUGGCAUGCUGCGCGUUCCAGCUUCCUCGGAGGGUGCGGGUGUCGCUGAGACUGUUAGCGAUGAAGACAUUGCAAAGGGCCUUGUCGAUGAGCAUGUAGACUUCCUGAAGCGUCGAAAGCUCUGCAUGUUUCUGAUGGCGCACGGCAGCGGUGGCGAGCUGUCGCUCUACCCAAAGGACGGUACUCAAAUUGUCCUAGCAGCACAAGCAGGUCGGCUGGUCGUGUUUCGGCAUGAUCGAAUCAGCUACGCUUAUCGACCAGACUCCGAGGAUGACCUAGUCUUGCAAGCUUGGGUGUUGACAGCACCACCUCAAUUCCAAUUCGGAGAAGUGGACGGUGAUCAGAAGGCGAAAGACGAGCUUUACGGGCUCGUGUCAGGACCAAACACCCCCGAAGGUCGACGUGUUUGCGUCUAUGGUGUUGGGCUCUCACUCCCUGCCGCUGCCUUCGAGAAGCUGAACAGCUAUUGGUGUGCAGUCGCAUCGGGAACGGAUGGAUACAUCUAUGCUCCCAUCGAUAGGUUUGACAUUGAGCAAUACACAAGAACGGGCGAUGAAUGGCAGAUUGGUUUCACAUACACGGUGCAUGGGGGCUUCUGCAAAGACAUUUUUUCCUUCGACAAUGACUUCUUCAACGUUACCGAGGAGGAAGCUUACAUGCUGGCUCCCGCGGCCAGGCAGCUUCUGGAGAGGAGCUACGAGGCGUUGUUCAACACCGGCUUGCGGAAGAAGGAUGUCAGGGGGAAGCGCGUCGGAGUUUACAUAGGACACAGCGGCGAUGACUUCUCUAUUGAUCCCAGGUUUACAGUGGGCGGCUCGGAUGCUCACCGCUACGGGUACCAAGCCCGGAAGUGGUCCAACAUAGCAGGCCGAAUCUGCUACAACUUGGGCCUUCAGGGACCCCAGGCCUUGCUUGAUACAGCAUGCUCCUCGGCGCUUGUGGCUUACGGCGUCGGACAUACCGCCUUGAGGCAGGUCACAGCGCAGCAGACUCGGGCCGGUCAGGACUCCGGUAUCACCGAAGCACUGAUGGGUGGUGCAAAUCUGAUCCCAGGCCCGGGGAACUACAUCAAUUUAUGUGGUCCGCACAUGCUGUCCAUAAGUGGCCGGUGCUUCACCUUUGACAUGUCUGCGGACGGCUUCGAACGUGGUGAAGGCUCAUCCUGCUUCUUUGCUCGUAGCGAAGAGCGGGUCACGCGCGAAGCCAUAGCCACGGUCAUUGGUGCUUGCUUAAACCAAGACGGAAGAAGUGCCAGCAUGACUGCCCCAAAUGGGCCGUCUCAGCAGGAAUGUGUGCGUGGGUCCAUGAAAGAGGCGGGGCUGACAGCCAACCAGAUUACCUGCUCCGAGCUUCACGGGACAGGCACAGCGUUGGGAGAUCCCAUUGAAGUAGGCGCCUUGCGGGGAGUCAUGCAGGACAGAAAAGCCCCCAUCAUGCAGACGAGCGCCAAGAGCCACAUCGGCCAUCUCGAAGCCAACGCUGGACAAGCUGGCAUUAUCAAGUGCAUGCUGAUGUGCAACUCCUGUGCCGGGACCCCCAACUGUCACCUGUACAUACUGAACCCGCACUUGGAUGUGAAUGGGUACCCUACUGUAUUCAACACGGAGCUUGCAGAGUAUGGCAACCAGUCUGGCUACUCGGGUGUUUCCUCGUUUGGCUUCGGUGGGGCUAAUGCCCGUGCUGACGUCUAUGCCGUGGCAAGCAGAGGUCCUAGAAAGCCAGGAAAAGUCAACUUAGAGAAGGUGGACUAUGUGGUCGUGAGCUGUCCCUUCGACGAAGGCCCUAUGCACUAUGUGGAUGGGAAGGAAGUUCCGACAUCGGGUUCCAGGAUCGCGAGAAACAGGGGCAGAUAUCGCUGUGACAACAUUCGGGAUGAGUUUGACCAGUAUGAUUACAACAGUAGCUUGUAUGACGGCAAGUUCCAAAUGAGCCCUCCCGAAGAGAUGGCAGGGGACAGGCCAGACAGUGGGAUCGGUAUAGUCGGCUCCUGGGACUGCUUCAAACAGACAACGGAGAUGACGCCCAGCACAGACGGCGAUAGCUGGAGUUGCAUGGUGGUCCUAGGAGAGACCCGCUAUGAAAGAUUUCAGCUUUGCCUCAUGAAAAACCCUGAGUUGGCGAUUUAUCCCUAUGUCAACAAUGGUUCCAUGACCACGCGGGUUGUGGGACCGCAUGGCGAGGGCAAAGGAAAGUUCUGGAUGAUGGAUGGGCGCGAUGACGAGAUUCCCGCCGGGACUCACUUCCGCAUCACGCUUCAGUGGGGCCUCCGGCUUCGGGUGCACUGGCAGCGUGCCGACACCAUGCUCACCGGUGGUGGCGUUUCGGUUCCCAAGCUCCUCGGGGCCAAGUCUCGCCACCGGUAUUUUGUGGUUGGCUCCUGGACAUCCUGGAACUGCUUGGAGAUGCAGAGCUCCGGUGCAAAAGAGGGCAGCUUUGAGGCCACGGUCCGCAUCGGCAUGUCACGCUCGGAGUCCUUCUACUUCGUGCGGGAUCAGGACCAGGAGCAGCUCAUCUAUCCUGCCAAGCCUGCCUUGGACUCUGGAGCAGCCGAGAUUCCAGUGCGUGGGCCAGAUGCACUUGGCAACUCCAAGUGUUGGAGGAUCACGGGAAAGUAUGGGGAGUCCGUGAGGAUCCGGCUGGAGAUUGUUGAUGCCCUUGUCAAGGUCAGCGUUGCGAGCCUGAUAAGACCCGACUCUGGAUGGAUCGCCAGCGGGGUGACCGGUCCGGCGCGCCACAGCUAUUGGGUGUUGGGCAGCUUUAACGACUGGACGCCAGAACAGAUGCUUCCAGGGGAGAGGCCAGGGACAUUUGUGCUGCGAGGAGAGGCCAAGUGCUCCCGACAGCAAGACCAGCGCUUCACAAUCAUGGUGGAUGAAGAUCCAGACUUGGUUCUGUAUCCAGAUGCUGCAGGAAGCGUUCCUCCUGGCCUUACAAUCGUCAAAGGACCUGGCCGGGUGGAGGAUGACAGAGACUUCCUGUUAAACUGUCUGAAGGAUGGCACGGAUUUUGAAAUCGUCCUCGACUUCAACGCUCAGGACAAGCGAAAGAUUGUCGAUGUCCGAUGGAUCACUCCUCCUGUGGAUGAAGGCAGCAUGAAGGCCACAUUCCUCCGCUUCUUCGGCUCUCGGUGA